AUGUUUACUUGUGGCCUUUGUACACACAUCUAUGGUCAGAACGUGUGGUCGAAAAAACCACGGCACCUCUACUUCGCCGUGUACGGUUUUAACCGUAUGUACGAAUAUCGGAGUAGAGAAGAGGAGAAAAAAAAGAACGUAGUUGCGAGAAAUAUCUUUCAGAGAAGAAGUUUUGUGGAAGAGCUGUUGGUCAUCUUCUUUUACAAGAAAGGGAUAGUAAAGGUGCUGUAAGUUCUUCUGCCUCUACUGGCAGAAGAUUUUGUGCAAGUGCCGUGAGUCGCAAAAGCACUAAAGUACCAGUCUUAGGAACGCUGAUAAUGAAAUACCGAUUAUUCGAAGAAAUUUCGGUUUCCUCAACGUUAGGGAAAGGAAUGCUCGUUUUGCUGUUAGUUGCUAGAAUGUACCACCAUCUUCUCUGCUAGCUUCCAGUUGGCUAGUUGAACAUCGAUUAAUCCUCUCUCGCUAUUUCUCCAAAUGUCUUACAUGUGAUUUGGUGGUUGACACCUGCCAGCCAAUCGGUUUACAUUUUCCACAAGUAAAUAAUAUGGGUAUAAAUAAACGUGGGUAUUAUUUUAGAAAAACAAUAGAAAAAUAGAUGUGCAACAUGAGUUAGAAUACAUUUACAUAUUACUCGUUUGCAUUAUUUUUCUCUUGUAUUUGUACUCUUUAACACUUGUAAUUAGUAAAAAUAUGUAAAUAUCAUAAGGAUUCUAAUAUCUUAGGGAUUUUUCCGAUUUUUUAAAACCAGAAACAGUUAGAGGAGUAUAUAUUUAGAUGUAAAUUACAACUUGUCCAUCAAAGGGUUAAAAUCUACGAUGUGAUGAGACUUUUAUUUAAAAAGAAUGUUUAUCGUCCAUGUGAAAGUCUAUAAUGUGACUGAAACUUGAUCUGUUAGGCAACUUUUAUUUAAAACGAAAUAUUUAUUAGCUCAUUUUGAUCUACAACGUCAUCCCGAUUACUUUGUCCUAGAUCAGCAUAUUCUGAAUUCUCUCUGGAAUAAAUAGGAUUUAUCUAUGAAGGAAGUAGAUCUUUUUUUUUAUCAUUGUAUUAGUGUCAAAUUAGUUCUGACAAAUUCUAUAAUUAAUUUAAUUGAUGGACAUCAAGAUAAGCACGUAAUUCUAAACAAGGAUGACUUGAAUUAA